AUGUCUACCCCAAUGGAUACGUCAUCACCAACAAAAAAGAAACGUAAUGAAUUAACAUCAACAUUAGCAACAGACUAUAUAUCAGGAUUUGAUCUUAUAUCAAUCGAAGGUUAUCGUCAAGAUGGACGUAAACCAGAUGAAUUACGUCAUUUUCGUGUUUCAUUUAAUGUUGUACCUGAUGCUGAUGGAUCUUGUUAUAUGGAACAUGGAAGUAUUAAAUUACUUGCAACAAUAUAUGGACCAUAUGAAGGAGAAUCUCGUUCAAAUCAAGAACAAGCUGUAAUUACAUGUGAUUUUAGUAUGACAUCAUAUUGUGUUAGUGAACGUCGAUUACGAACAUUUGGUGAUAUGAAAAGUCAAAAAUUACAAAUGGCUAUACAAAGAGUUUUUCAACAAGCUGUUAUUACUGAAACAUAUCCAAAAUCACAAAUUGAUAUUUAUUUAAAAAUUUUACAAUCAGAUGGGAAUGAUUAUAGUCCAUGUGUUAAUGCAACAACAUUAGCACUUAUUAAUGCAGGCAUUCCAAUGAAAGAUUUUGUUUGUUCAUCAACAGUUGGUUAUAUACAAAAUAAAUGUAUUAUUGAUCUUAAUCAGCAAGAAGAACAACAAAAAUCACCUCAAUUAACAUUAACAAUUAUGCCACAACGUGAUGAUAUUGUUGCAUUAACAUGUGAAUCACGUGUUCAUCAUGAUAUUUAUAAUGAAAUGUUAGAUGCAGCAACGCGUGCUAAUUUACAAUUAUUUAAUUUAAUGAAACAAGCUGUUGUUAAUCAAUUGAAAACUGCUUUACAUGUUUUAUAA